AUGAAUAACGGCUCCAUGAGAACCGAGGUGAAAGAGAAUGAUAUACCCGACACUAUGCAAGAAACUAUCCCUCCACCUGCAUCAGAAAUGAAGAAAAACGUCAUUCACUACGGAUUCGCCAGAAUCUACCCAGGUGUUCAUACAAUUGAGAACGCUUACACAUGUCCAGUGCUGGCAAUACAUACUUGGGAUGAUGUAUGCCCACAGUCUAAUAAUUAUAUAGUAACAGAGAAUGGUAGAACAGCAUUGAUUGGAAAACAUAUGGUUAAGGAUGAAGUUGCUAAUCGUCUUACAUCAUCAAUCAAACCGAAUAUACACAGGACGCGACAAAUGGGAAAUAUUAAAGUGAUUCCAGUAGAAGACAUUAUUUCCAUAUCGAUUUCAACGGACGCAUCCAAGGAAAUCGAACAGCAAGCUUCCAGACAUCUUAUUACACUGCCAAAAGCUAAAAAACGUACAUUUUGCCAACUGAUAAGGGAUUGCUUGAGCGCCAUAUGCUGUUGUUGUUGUCAUGAAAACGUACACAAUGAGCCUAAGUACCACAUUACAACGAACACAAUCGAACAUGAAAAUCGUUCUAUCAGUGUCAUCAUCGAGUAUCUGUACUAUUCUCAUAUCAAUACGCCAUCCCAUAUCGGUGUUCUCGCCGCAUCUGACCAAAUGAAUUUCUACAAGAAUCGGCUGCAGUUUGAAAAAUUGGAAUUUUUCUUGCUAAAAAACACAGAAUUCAAUCGUGCUGAGUAUGCUAUUAAGCGACAGCAAGGUGAAACGCUAUGUCGUCUUGUAAUGCAACUGAAGGCCAUGCAAGGGAAUUACCCAGAUUCGUCUCAACUCGAAGAGAUUAUCAGUGAAAAGGACGUGCAUUUGUUUGGUGAUGAUCCUCAAGAGUAUGUUCCACCGCUGGGCACCCAAGCACCACCAUGGGCCAAUGAAACACAUUCGAACUUUCGAUUUUGA